AUGUCUGAAGAAAAAGUUUCCUAUGAUGAAACAAAAAAUGAUAUAACGUCAUCUACCGAUACUGAACUAGGAAGCCCGAACAUAGAGGAGGAUUUGACAGCGGUUGAAAAUGGUGAUUUGAAUUUAAGCAACAAGAUCAGUCUUAUCAACGAUGCAAUAGAUGAGAUUGGAUUCACCUGGUUCCAUUUCAAAUUAUUCUGCGUUGCUGGUUUUGGGUAUUCUGUAGACUCCCAGAUGAUGAUAGUCCAGUCUUCUGUCAAAAGCUAUGUCGACGGUCAGAUGAAAGGUGGUGGUUAUCCAAUUGCCACAGAGAUAUUCUAUGCCGGUUUGCUUACUGGGUCCAUUGUUUUUGGGUUUGGUGCUGACUUGAUAGGACGUAAAUUGGCCUUCAAUAUGUCCUUAUUGCUUUCAUCUGCGUUUGGGUUUUUCAUCGGCGGAACAUCGAGUUAUGCAAUGUACUGCAUCUUUCUAUUCCUGUCAACCCUUGCAGCAGGUGGAAACUUGGCAACCGACGUUGCAGUGUUUCUUGAAUUCUUACCAUCCAAAUAUCAAUAUUUGAACACCACGAUGGCAGCAUGGUGGGGUGUGGGACAGACAAUUGCAAACCUCAUUGCAUGGCGGUUCCUACCAUCGUACUCGUGCGACGAUCCUACGAGUCCAGAUUGCACAUCACGUCUGAAUCGUGGGUGGAGGUACUGUUGGUAUGUGAACUCAGGUAUAGUGAUGGGUGCAGCACUCAUUCGUCUAGUCUACUUACAACUUGGAGAAACUCCCAAGUUUCUAGUCUCUACAGGUAGAGACCAGGAAGCAGUUAAUGAACUCCAGACAAUUGCAGCAAAGUAUAACCGUUCUUGUUCUUUGUCAAUAGAAAAACUACAAGAAUGCGGUGAAGUAGGAGAAACAUACUUUGACACAGAAAAGGUUUCUGAUUUUAAAAUGGGAUUAAAAUCAAUAUUCAAAAGUACAAAGUCCAACUGCAAGAUACUUUUCUCCAAUAAACUAGUUGCUCGAUCCACUUCAUUGAUUAUAUCUUCAUGGCUUCUAAUGGGUGUUGCAUAUGCUGUUUUUUAUAACUUCUUAUACAUUUACAUUGCUUCACACGGUGGUGACAUUGGCUCAACUCCUUACAUAACUUAUCGGAAUUCCACUUUAGCCAACUUUGUUGGUAUCUUCGGUCCUAUUUUUGGGGGAUUACUAAUUCACAUACCAAGAGUUGGUAGAAGAGGUACCAUGGUAUUUGGAGCAUUAGCAUCAAUGGCCAUCUUCUUUGGCUACACUACAGUCAGAACCCCGUCAGCAGAUGCUGGUUUUGGCUGUGCCAGCUACUUUUUUGUUAAUGUAUACUACGGUUGCUUAUUUGCAUAUACUCCAGAAGUUUUCCCUACCAAGGCAAGAGGUACCGGUGUUGCUCUUUGUUUGGUUGCUAAUCGUAUUGGUGGUUCCUUUGCGCCUGUUAUUUAUUGGUAUGGCCAAAAAUCUGGAACGUCGGUUCCUAUUUGGGUGUGUGGUGCUGUUAUUGGCUCUCUAUCUUUAUUCACACUAGCAAUGCCUUUUGAGCCUAGUAGGCAAAGAACUGUUUAG